UCUUUCUCUCUCUCUUUUUCUGUUGGCACCUUAAUAUAUUUCUUAGUUUUAUGCAACAUUUUCUUGAUUGUGACCAAAUGGUGAAAUCUAUUAACUAAAUACAUAACAUCUCCGAUUUUAUCCUCUGCUUUUUUCACUGGUUUAAGUCUAAAAUGGACUACAAAGGCAAAUCCAUGGAAUCCAAAUAUGAAUGUCUCCUCUUCGAUGUUGAUGAUACCCUUUAUCCCCUGAGUUCUGGCAUAUCAGCAGAAUGCACCAAGAACAUUAUAGAAUAUAUGAUCAAUAAGCUUGGCAUUGAGGAGGAGAAAGUUCCUGAGAUGAAUGCACAGCUGUACAAGGAAUACGGCACGACUAUGGCCGGUCUUCGGGCCAUUGGUUAUGACUUUGACUACGAUGAUUACCAUAGCUAUGUGCACGGUAGAUUGCCUUACGAUUGGUUGAAGCCGGAUCACACUCUAAGAAACCUUCUCCAUAGCCUCCCAUUACCCCACGUCGCUAAAGUUCUGAGUAGGCUCGGGAUAGAGGAUUGCUUUGACGACAUCAUUUGUUUCGAGACUUUGAAUCCUACACACACCAAAAAUCUGCUUGAAAAUGGUGAAACCCACGAGUCCCCGAUAAUAUGUAAGCCAUUUGAGUACUCAUUCGAACAAGCAUUCAAAAUUGCGGAGAUUAACCCCAGGAAAACGCUGUUUUUCGACGACUCGAUCCGCAAUCUACAGGCUGCAAAUAGCGUAGGCCUCAAAACUGUUUGGGUGGGCUCGUCUCGUAGGACAAAUGGGGUCGAUUAUGCAUUAGAGAGCAUUCACAAUAUAAAGGAGGCAUUGCCCGAGCUGUGGGAAGCUUUGGAGAAAUUGGAUGUUCGUUACUCGGGUGAGACUGCAAUCGAGACCUACGCCCGGCCCAGUGCCGCUUCAUGUGGCCUCCGAGGGCCUGGCCCGAUGCAAUCUCCGCUCCGCAGCACGAGCACUCGUGAACCCUUGGAAAAGAUAGCGUCUUCGGGACCGACUCUACGACAUUGGCCAAGUGAAGAUAACUCGGUUGCAACAUUCUUCUCUUGGGUGCCGGCACGAAACCCUCCUCGUCAGGAGGAGGAACUGUCGCAGGAUUCCUAG